CAUCAAAAAAAAAAAAAAUCGCCUCAUAACUCAUUUUCGGGUCUUCCUUCCUUCUUUCAUUUCUUUCUUUCUCUUCUUCCCAAGAGAAACAAGAACUUUAAUAAAAUGCCUCCAAUGUAGCUUCUUUCUUUCUCGUUCACUUAAAACAUUUCAUUUCUUUUCCCGUUUCAAACGAUGGAUUCUCUUCUCUCACUCCAAACCCCAAGCAACAACCCACACCCUCAUUCACCACCGUUACAACCAACACAAACGCCGUUACUAGUUCCAAAACCAGAGCCUCUCGACGAUUUCUUCUUUUCUAAUAAUUCCCAACAAUACCCUCACUGGUUCCCUCACCAACAACAACCACAACCUAACAACAACGAGUUUGAGUUACACGCGCCACCAUUCGCGUCUGGUUCUCCAGAAGAACAUGAAGACUCCGAGCUCUACAACCACUUCUUCCGAGUCUCUCAGCUCUUCCGUACAGCUUUCUCUGAUACUCUCUUCCAAAACGACGCCGUUCCGGAACCCAUGACGCCACAAUCACAGUCACAGUCGCAGCCGAAUUUUCAGGAUUCUUUUUCCUAUGCUUCUGCUUCUAAUUCCCAACCUGAGGCUGAGGCUGAAGCUGAAGCUGAGGCAACGCCCGAAGCGGAUUCACGCGCCUUGGUUCCCGUUCCGCCAUCUUCGUCGUUGACCGUCGCGGCUCCUUCGAAGCGCGUGAGCAAGAAGAAGGAGCUAGUGAGAGUCUCCGAACUCAGCCUUCACGAGCAGCUUCAUUUCCGUGAGGUCGUGAGGCGAACAAGAAUGAUCUACGACUCGAUCCGCGCUCUCUGCACCAUCGAGGAAGAGAAGCGCGUCCAGGAGGAGAAAAGAGCUGCCGAGAAGAGAGCUGCCGCCGCCGAGGAGGAGAGGAGAGCUGCCGCUGCCGCCGCCACCGUCGCUGACGCUGUUACUAUUGCCGCCGAUGAACCGUUCGCUGGAUCUGAAUCCACCGUUGAAUGUUCUUCCUCAGCUGAAACCACCGUCUCUGUUGCCGUGCCAGCUCCUGAAUCCGCCGGGGAACAACAAUCGGCGACUGACAAUGGCGCCGGCUAUAACCAGACGGAAACAGUCAACAGGGGCGAAGCUGAUGCGAAGAUGGCGCGGCGGAUGCGGCAAAGAGGGGAUAUUCGUGCGGCGCAGAUGAUGAGGAUGAAGGAUCUUUGGUUGAACCGCGAUAAGCGAAUCGUCGGAGCGAUUCCCGGUGUGUAUGUUGGCGACGUGUUCCUCUUUCGGAUGGAAUUGUGUUUCCUUGGAUUGCACGGUCAGAUCCAGGCUGGCAUUGAUUACCUGGCAGCUUCCAUGAGCCCCAACAAUGAGCCAAUUGCAACGAGUGUUAUUGUCUCCGGUGGCUACGAGGAUGAUAUGGACGAAGGAGAUGUCAUAAUCUACACUGGACAAGGCGGGCAGGCCAUGAAUUCCGUGAGGCAAGCCACACACCAGAAGUUGGAGAGUGGGAACCUGGCAUUGGAGAGGAGUAUGUAUCAUAAUAUUGAGGUUAGAGUGAUUAGAGGGAUGAAGUAUGAGGGAGCCGCUGCGAAAUCCGGUAAGAUUUAUGUCUAUGAUGGUUUAUAUAGGAUAUCCGAGUGCUGGUUUGAUGUUGGAAAGUCCGGUUUUGGUGUUUAUAAGUAUAAGCUUGUUAGGGUUGAAGGGCAGCCUAAGAUGGGUAGUGCUAUUCUUAAAGAAGCUAGGAGUAUUAGGAAAAGUGGAGUGGAUUUUCAACCAAUGUAUUGUCUUUCUGUUGAUAUUUCCAAUAAGAAGGAGAAGGUUGCGGUUCGGCUCUUUAAUGACAUUGAUGAUAGUAAGGAGCCGCUUUGUUUUGAUUAUCUUCCGACAACUGUUUUCCCUCCAUUUGUGUUUCAUCAGAGCGGGACUGCUACUGGGUGUGAUUGUAUCGACGGUUGUACGGAUGGAUGCUUUUGCAGUAUGAAGAAUGGAGGCGAUUUUCCUUAUAAUCAGCAGGGGAUCCUUGUGAGGGGGAAGCCUUUGAUUUUUGAGUGUGGCCCUUUUUGCAGUUGUCCACCUCAAUGUAGGAACCGUGUGUCACAGAAUGGGGUGAAGAACAGGUUGGAGGUUUUUAGGUCGAAGCAGACAGGUUGGGGAGUAAGGUCCUUGGACCUUAUUCAAGCUGGUGCUUUUAUCUGUGAGUAUGCAGGGGUUGUUUUGACUAGGGAGCAAGCACAGCUUUUGACGAUGAAUGGUGACUCGUUGAUAUAUCCUAAUCGGUUUUCUGAAAGGUGGGCAGAAUGGGGUGAUUUGUCUCAGGUAAACUCGGACUAUGUGCGUCCAUCUUAUCCGUCAAUUCCUCCUUUGGAUUUUUCUCUGGAUGUGUCAACAGUCCGAAACGUUGCUUGCUAUAUGAGCCAUAGUUCAAGUCCAAAUGUUAUGGUUCAAUUUGUUCUGUAUGAUCACAACAAUUUGAUGUUCCCUCACCUUAUGCUGUUUGCAAUGGAGAAUAUCCCUCCACUGAGAGAGCUCAGCCUUGAUUAUGGGGUAGCUGAUGAGUGGACAGGCAAGCUCUCCAUAUGUAAUGGGUGAAUUCGUAAGAUUCAAGCCCUUCUUGUUUUGCUGAAGCUGAGUUUCAGGCAUUGUUUCACUGAGACUUAGCUUGAUUUUCAGAAGGGUUCAACGUACCCAGAUUUGCGGAACCAUUGGAGGGCUUGCUUAUGAACCCUUAGGGUGGGAAAGUGGUUUCACGCAAACAAUAAUGUGGCUUGGAAGAUUCUUUUAACACCAAAUUUGGGUCAUUAUUGCUUAGGGUCAAAGUAGAUUGCUCCUGUCACCUGCUUUUAUGACAUAAAUUUGGUUUUCUUUUCUUUUCAAGUUCUUCCCCUUAUUUUUUAAUUUAUUUAUUUACUUAUAUGAAUAAUGUUACACAUUCAAGUAUUUUUGUUAAUCAAGUCUAAUUAAGUUGGUUUAACAUCAAUAAAAAUUAGUUAUAGGUAGUGUUUCGGGGCUUAUCUGAAACUGGAUGAUUGGGCUCAAAUGAAAGGCCCAAAUGUUGAAGGAUGGUGGUCUUCGACUAGUUCCGUUCGGAACCGCCGUUUGAAUUGUACGUAUGUGUUUGAAUAGAUGGGGGGUGGUACCUGCAAGACAUUCCGAUGUCUAAGUCAGCAAGGAGUUAAGUAGGUUUAGAGUAUUAGAACUAAGAGGUAUCGAAUGUGCCAGGGUAUUUAUAGAAGCUGAGCCAAUAAUCACCGUUGAAGUAGUUCCACUUUUGAUGGUGAAUAAUAGUCUUCUUAUCUUAGGGUUGUUAAGAUCUCUAGAGAGAUUUACGGAGCCCGUUGACUCCGACCUCUUUGUGGAGGUCGGAUUGGCAAGAAAGACCAAUCUUUUAAAUUGAGCCUUUUAACUUAAUUUGAGUCUGAUUUAUCAUUUGGGCCAGAAUAUGAACAUGUAGUAUUAUUUCAAAUUCCAUUGU